AUGAGGCUUUAUCGUUGUUUUGUUCUUACGUUGUUCAUAGAAUUAUUUCUAUCUAUCACAUUUAUAAAUGCUGUACCAACAGUUUUUAAAGUUGAUCUUUAUAAAAGAGAAAUAUCCACGUCAAUUCCAAAUAAGAAACGUUUUAAGUUACAACAGGCACGGUUAAUCAACAAGUAUUCUAAAUUAUUAAAGCGUGAUUCUCAAGAACCAUUUAUAUCAAUACCUCUAGUCAAUGAAUAUUAUAUAGAUUGUAGCUAUUAUGGUUUAAUAAUAAUCGGUGGUCAAUCUUUUACCGUAAAUUUUGACACCGGUUCUAGCGAUCUUUGGGUUCCUGCUAUUCAAUGUAAAUUCUCAGAAUGUGGAAUUCAUAAUAGAUUUGAUCCAAAAAAGUCCCCUACUUUUGUCCCUGCUCCACAUCCAAAUCUUUUUACAAUAGACUAUGGCUAUGAUUCAACUACCGUCAGCGGUUAUAUAGGUCUAGACACUGUUACUCUUGGUGGAAUAACCGUAACAAAUCAAACUUUUGGAUUAGCAACAGUUGAUGAUCUUAACUUGGUGUUUGAAGAAGAUGGUAUUCUAGGUCUUGCAUUUCCUCAACUUAGUUCACUUAAAGCUCCUUGUGUUAUUAAAUCAAUGAAAGAUCAAAACGUGCUUGAUCAUUCUAUAGUUGCCUUUCACUUGGGACGAUACAAAUUAGAUCAUAGUGAUAAAAAUUUUAUGAACAUUGGUGGCAUUGAUCCAAAUGCUUAUGUGGGUGAAAUUGUAUAUAAUGAUAUUCUUGAUAACCUUCUAGGGUCUUGGGGAUACUGGGCGAUUAUGAUGGAUGAUAUUUAUGUCGAUAAAGCUUCAAUGGGUGCUACUAAUUCAUCUGCUAUCAUUGAUACCGGGACAGCUAAUAUUUGGGGUGACCCCUCAUGUGUUAAGGAUAUCCAUUAUAACAUCCCCGGUUCUUAUUUUGAUGGCUAUUUAUGGUAUAUUCCUUGUGAUACAAAAACUGUAGUAUCUCUAGUAUUCAAUAGUGUAGCAUAUGAAAUCAAUCCUAUAGAGUUAGUUGUACAAGAAAUAAUGUUAGGUCCAUUAUGUCAAUCUGCCAUCCAGGAAAAUCCGAAGGGUCUUCCGCGUAAAUUUUGGUUAGUUGGCGCUUUCUUUCUGUCGAAUGUUUAUAGUGUUUUUGAUUUUGAUAAUCAUCAAAUUGGAUUUGCUAAAGCUAAAG